AUCGGACGCAGUGUGAACCCUCCAUUAAUGUUUAUAGAAAAUUUCAAUGUUUUGAUACCAAAUUAAAAUUUAUUAUUUAUAGUUUGUUUGAAGAGAUAUAGCUUGAUGAAUUUGAAUCUUUCCUAUGUAUAUAUAUAUGUGAUAUAUCUGCAAUAUGAAUCCCUUAACUAAUGUCAAAAAUAUAAAGAAACUCAAUGAACAAGAGUUGCAAAGUAACAGCAAAACAUCUUGGCAUGACCAAUAUAAAGAUAGCGCUUGGAUUUUCAUUGGUGGCUUACCAUACAAUUUAACAGAAGGUGAUAUUAUCGCUGUAUUUUCUCAAUAUGGAGAAGUAGUAAAUAUAAACUUAAUCAGAGAUAAAGAUACUGGGAAACAAAAAGGAUAUGGUUUCUUGUGUUACGAAGAUCAAAGAAGUACUAUACUGGCAGUUGAUAAUUUUAAUGGUAUAAAGAUUUUAGGUAGAGUAAUUCGAGUGGAUCAUGUCACCAAUUACAAAGCACCAAAAGACUCCAAAAAUGUAGAUGAAGAAACAAACAAAUUAAGGAAAGAGGGUUGUGCUCCAAAAAAAGAAUAAUGUGUACAAGCUGUGUAAAUAAAAAAUUGAUACAUCAAGAUAUUGUUUUCUCCAGACGUAUUGUUAG